GCGGGCGGCGGGGCCCCCCGGUUCUGGGGGAGCGCUUCUCUACCGGGGGCGGGCGCGGCGCUGGGUUGAGCCGCUCCCCCCGCCGCAGCCCUGCGCGGGCAGAGCCCCCCGGGCCGGGCCGGCCCGCGCCUUUGUGCGCUCUUUCCGCGGCCGCUGAUUGUUGAGGUUUGAAAUGGAGAAACGAGGCGGGGGGGAUGGGGGGAGUGUUUGAUUUAUGGUGCCGGAGCGGCUCCGAAAGCCGCCGUGAGACGGAGCCCUCCCGCCCUUCCCCCGGAUCGCGGUGCUGUUGGAGGGAUCUUUGAAGAGGUGAAGGUCUGGAAACAAAAAGUCGCGCAUGGGACAGGAUUACGCAGCCGAUUCUGGCCCAACCCGGAAGUUUAUGUCGGGAACACGUGUUGGUGGGAAGGUGGCGGGGCAGGAGCCGCCGACCCCCGUCUCUCCCGUCGCCUCCCCCGGGGGCUUCCCCGCCCUGCCGAGCCCUCUGGGGCCCCGCUGCUCCCGGGGAGUUGAACCGCGGCGACAGACACGGCCUCAAAGUCCAGGGACUCUUAACGAGCGCACCUCAAACAGAGGUUGCUAGGAGAUGGUGGAGCCAGGACAAGAUCUGUUGCUUGCUGCUUUGAGUGAGAGUGGAAUCAGUCCAAAUGAUCUCUUUGAUAUUGACUCUCCAGAUGUGGUUCUUGCAAAUCCAGCACCAACUCCAGCUGUUCAGCAGUCAGUACCACUCAGUGCAUUAGAGCUGGGCCUGGAGACCGAGGCUGCAGCUGCUGUGAAACAAGAACCAGAGACUGUCUCCACUCCAGCCUUAUUAAAUGUUCGGCAACCACCAUCCACCACAACCUUUGUGCUGAAUCAAAUAAAUCAGCUUCCAACUCUGGGGACGACAAUAGUGGUGACAAAAACGACGCCUGUCACGACCUCGAGGCAGACGAUCACUGUAGCAAAGAUCAUCCAGACCAGCACAACCACUCGGCCCUCGGUGGCAGCACCAGCAGCUCGCAAUGCCUUGACCACUGCACCUUCCAAGGACCAGAUUCAGCUGAAAGAUCUGCUCAAGAACAAUAGUCUUAAUGAACUCAUGAAACUGAAGCCACCUCCUAAUAUUGCCCAACCAGUAGCAACAGCAGCAACUGACCUAAGUAAUGGUGCAGUGAAGAAGGAGGCUUCCACAAAAGAGGUAGCAAGAAUAUGGAUAAAUGACAUUAAAAUGAGAAGUUUUUCACCGACUGUGAAAGUGCCAGCAGUAAAAGAAGAGGAGGAACCCGAGGAAGAAGAUGAAGAAGAAAUGGGCCAUGCAGAGACCUACGCUGAAUAUAUGCCAAUAAAAUUAAAAAUUGGUCUGCGUCAUCCUGACCCAGUAGUGGAAACCAGCUCCUUAUCCAGUGUGACUCCUCCUGAUGUGUGGUACCAGACAUCAAUAUCAGAGGAAACAAUUGACAGUGGCUGGUUGUCAGCUUUGCAGCUCGAAGCAAUCACUUAUGCAGCCCAGCAACAUGAAACAUUCCUGCCCAAUGGAGACAGAGCUGGAUUCUUGAUAGGUGAUGGUGCUGGUGUAGGAAAAGGAAGGACCAUAGCUGGAAUAAUCUAUGAAAAUUACUUGUUAGGCAGAAAAAGAGCAGUCUGGUUUAGCGUGUCAAAUGAUCUGAAAUACGAUGCUGAAAGAGAUUUGAGAGAUAUUGGAGCAAAAAACAUAUUGGUGCAUUCAUUAAACAAGUUCAAGUAUGGGAAGAUUUCAUCGAAACAUAAUGGAAGUGUGAAGAAAGGUGUCAUCUUUGCUACCUAUUCUUCUCUUAUUGGGGAAAGUCAGUCUGGUGGUAAAUACAAAACCAGAUUAAAGCAGCUUCUUCACUGGUGUGGUGAAGACUUUGAUGGAGUUAUCGUAUUUGAUGAGUGUCAUAAAGCAAAGAAUCUGUGUCCUGUUGGUUCAUCAAAACCAACAAAAACAGGUCUGGCUGUAUUAGAACUUCAAAAUAAACUUCCAAAAGCCAGGGUUGUUUAUGCCAGUGCCACAGGUGCAUCUGAGCCAAGAAACAUGGCAUAUAUGAACCGUCUUGGAAUAUGGGGUGAAGGAACUCCAUUUAGGGAAUUCAGUGAUUUUAUUCAGGCUGUUGAAAGAAGAGGUGUUGGUGCCAUGGAAAUAGUUGCUAUGGAUAUGAAGCUGAGAGGAAUGUACAUAGCCAGACAGUUGAGUUUUUCAGGUGUAACUUUCAAAAUCGAUGAAGUUCUGCUCUCACAGGAAUAUGUUAAAAUGUACAAUAAAUCUGUGAAACUGUGGGUCAGUGCUCGAGAGAGGUUUCAGCAAGCAGCCGAUCUGAUCGAUGCAGAGCAGCGCAUGAAGAAGUCCAUGUGGGGUCAGUUCUGGUCAGCUCACCAGAGGUUUUUCAAGUACCUUUGUAUAGCCUCAAAGGUGAAGAGGGUGGUGCAAUUGGCUCGGGAAGAAAUCAAGAAUGGCAAAUGCGUUGUCAUUGGCCUGCAGUCGACAGGAGAAGCAAGAACAUUGGAAGCUUUGGAGGAAGGUGGUGGGGAACUGAAUGACUUUGUUUCUACAGCAAAAGGAGUAUUCCAGUCUCUUAUUGAGAAGCACUUUCCAGCUCCUGACAGGAAGAAGCUGUUUAGCUUGUUGGGAAUUGACCUGACUGCUCAAAGUAAUAACAACUCACCCCGAGACAGCCCUUGCAAGGAGAACAAAGUAAAGAAACGAAAAGGUGAAGAAAUAAGCAGAGAAGCCAAAAAAGCCCGCAAAACAGGUGGCCUUGCAGGGAGCAGCUCUGAUGAGAGUGAAAGUGAGUCUGAUGCUUCAGACAAUGAAGAAAGUGACAACGAGAGCUCCAAAUUUUUGAGUUCUGGAGACGAUGAUGACUUCAACCCAUUCAGAGACGAAUCCAGUGAAGAUGAUGAAGAUGAUCCCUGGUUGAUUAGAAAAGAGCAUAAAAAAAAUAAAGAAAAGAAAAAGAAGAAAAGCAUAGACCCAGAUUCUAUUCAAAGUGCCUUACUAGCCUCUGGUCUGGGAUCCAAACGACCCAGCUGCUUCACUUCCACUGUUGGAACCACCACUUCUAGUACCAACACGUCUGCAAACAGUAACACAAACAGCAGCUUCGUAACAAGUCAGGAUGCUGUUGAAAGGGCCCAACAAAUGAAAAAAGAACUGCUGGAUAAACUGGAAAAGCUGGCUGAAGAUCUUCCACCUAAUACACUGGAUGAGCUUAUAGAUGAGCUGGGUGGUCCUGAAAAUGUUGCAGAGAUGACAGGCCGCAAAGGCAGAGUGGUGAGCAAUGAUGAUGGCAGCAUCUCCUACGAGUCAAGGUCUGAACUCGAUGUACCCGUUGAAAUCCUGAACAUCACAGAAAAGCAGAGGUUCAUGGAUGGAGAUAAGAACAUUGCCAUCAUCUCGGAGGCUGCCAGCUCUGGCAUCUCACUGCAAGCAGACCGCAGGGCCAAGAACCAGAGGCGGAGGGUUCACAUGACCCUGGAGCUGCCGUGGAGCGCGGACAGAGCAAUCCAGCAGUUUGGAAGAACUCAUAGAUCCAACCAGGUGACUGCUCCAGAGUAUGUGUUCCUCAUUUCUGAACUGGCAGGAGAGCAAAGAUUUGCAUCUAUAGUUGCAAAAAGACUGGAGAGUUUGGGAGCCCUCACCCACGGGGACAGACGGGCCACAGAAACUCGAGACCUCAGCAGAUUCAAUUUUGACAACAAGUAUGGCAGAAAUGCCCUGGAGAUUGUGAUGAAAUCCAUUGUGAACUUGGACUCCCCAAUGGUCUCACCUCCUCCUGAUUUUCCUGGGGACUUUUUCAAAGAUGUUCGUCAGGGAUUGAUUGGUGUAGGCUUGAUAAAUGUAGAAGACAGAUCUGGAAUCCUGACGCUUGAUAAAGAUUACAACAAUAUAGGGAAAUUUCUGAAUCGAAUUCUUGGUAUGGAAGUCCAUCAGCAGAAUGCUUUGUUCCAGUACUUCUCUGACACAUUGAAUGCGGUCAUUCAAAAUGCUAAAAAGAAUGGAAGAUAUGACAUGGGCAUCUUGGAUUUGGGCUCUGGGGAUGAGAAAGUGAGGAAGGCAGAUGUUAAGAAGUUUUUAACUCCUGGAUAUUCUACCUCUGGACAUGUUGAGCUGUACACAAUCAGUGUGGAGAGAGGAAUGUCUUGGGAUGAAGCAACAAAGAUCUGGGCAGAACAGACAGGUCCAGAUGAUGGAUUUUAUUUAUCACUACAGAUAAGAAAUAACAAGAAAACAGCAAUUCUAGUAAAAGAAGUGAAUCCUAAAAAGAAGCUUUUUUUGAUAUACAGACCAAAUACUGGGAAACAACUCAAACUAGAAACAUGUGCAGACCUGAAAAAGAAAUAUAAGAAGGUACCUUCUGAGGAUGCUCUGCCGCACUGGCUGGAGCAGUACAACUCCUCUGCAGACACCUGCACCCACGCCUACUGGAGAGGCAAUUGCAAGAAGGCAGGCCUGGGGCUGGUCUGUGAGGUGGGGCUGCGCUGCAGAACCUACUACGUGCUGUGUGGCUCCGUGCUGAGCGUGUGGACAAAGGUGGAAGGAGUCCUGGCCUCCGUCAGUGGCACAAACGUCAAAAUGCAAAUCGUUCGCCUGAGGACAGAGGAUGGGCAGAGGAUUGUAGGUUUGAUCAUUCCUGCAAAUUGUGUGUCGCCCCUCGUGAACCUCCUGUCGACGUCCGACCAGUCGCAGCAGCUCGCAGUGCAGCAGCAGCAGAUCUGGCAGCAGCACCACCCCCAGAGCAUCACCAACCUCAACAACGCAUAAGAGGACAAGCUACAGGUGUUGACUUUGGUGUUUGAGGAAAAGGCUGUAAAAGCAUAUCACUUGCAUAAAAAUCAGGGACAGAUUCCAAAGAAAUAUAACUUUUUCAGUUCAGUUGUGUCUCAAAUACUUUGGGAAUAAAGAGAUCUAAAAAGGUUGGUAGAACUGAAAGCCAGCAGCUGUUUAUGGUGGUGCAUCUGUCUUUCCUUAUGCUCUCUGUAGUGCUUCCUGUUUGCUUUUACUUUUGGCCUUUUAAGCUACAAACCACAAUUUGUUUGAAAAUGCUUGAAAAUCCCCAAGCAGGCUUUAUUUUUAUCUUGUCAUACAGUGCUCAGGGUUUAACGCAGUGCAUCGAUGCCAUUGCUGUGGGAGAUCUCGAAUGCAUGUAUUGAGUAUAUAUAUAGAAAAUAUAUAUUGGGUUUUUCUCUUCAAUUUGAGUUUAUAAAAGCAUGAAACCUAGAGGUUGCACAUCAUGCAUUCAGGUUCCUUCCCAGUUUCUGUUUGACAGUGCAUGUCUUUGGAAAAGGGCAUGGACAGCAUAAACACACGAGGCAGGAAUUCAGAGAGAAACACAAUCUUAGUUGUACAGCAUUGGUUAUUGCAUUUUUAUAGUGUUUAUACCCAGGUGUUGCAUUUUUUCUGGUUCUCUCCUGGGACUUAUAUAUUUGAGUCUACAACAUGUUCUUUUUUGUGAUAAACAUCUUAAAUUAAAAUUAGUUCAUUUUUAAUGUAUUAAUGGUAUUCCUAAUGUGUACUGCAAAGAUGGCUGGAUGCCUGUUUUCCUUAAAUUGAAGCAUUUCCUUAAUCUGAGGUGGUUAUGGAAACUUAAGUGCAAAUUCACUUCCAUCUCGCAUACAAUCUUAUAUUUUUUACUUCAUUAACAUAAUUUAAUUUGUCACUUUUAAGAUGAAACCUUACUUGAGCUGUAAAUUAGAGAAUGGGAAACACUUGAGGGUUCCGCUGUAUGUGCUGUUUCUGUUAUGUUUAAUAUGUUGUAAGACAUUGUAGAGUUUAUCUGGAGCUGUUUAAAAGAAAUUGUAAUGUACAAAUGUGAAUAGUCACUUAUCUAUAAUAUGGGUAAGUUUUGUUUUGCCUAUAAUAGUAGAUGUUUAUAAGAAAGUGAAGGACAAUGUUUGUCAUUUCUUGCUUGCACAGGUUGCACUAUUGAAAAAUUGAGAUUGUAUAAACCUGUCCAAAAAACUACAAGAUAAUGAUCUUGUAGAUGUCAAAUAAAAGUUAUUGUACUAACAA